GGUGAGAGGGACUCCAGAUUGUUGCAGAUGGAAAAAGGUGGGAGUGACAUGGGGGAGUGUCCUGUAGUCAUCGUCAGCUCGACUUGAAAUGGUCACCUCUCAAAAGUGUUUUUUUUCCUUCUUGAACUUGCAUUCUCACUUGACCUUUGAAUAAGUAAGAAGAACAGAAGAGAAGCAGAAAGGAUGGGCAGCGUACAGAGCUUCAGACAGCUGUGUGACCGCCAAAAGAACACCAAUGUUCACCUCAGUCUACCAGCAGUUUGUAUUGUAUGGCAGACGGCCAUGAUCAUCUUAUUUGGUGUUUUUAUUCGAUACAACGAGGAGUCCGAUCCACACUGGGUUGAGACAAAACGGAAAAAAAAUAUAUCAUCUGACAUUGAGAAUGACUUCUACUUCAGAUAUCCAAGUUUCCAGGACGUCCAUGUCAUGAUCUUUGUUGGAUUCGGCUUCUUGAUGACAUUUCUUAAGAGAUACAGCUUCGGCGCCGUAGGUUUCAACUUCCUAAUAGCGGCCUUUGGUCUUCAGUGGGCACUGCUCAUGCAGGGUUGGUUCCAUUCCCUGGAUUACACUGAUGGAAAAAUUAAAAUUGGAGUUGAAAAUCUGAUCAAUGCUGACUUCUGUGUGGCUGGGUGUUUAAUUGCCUAUGGUGCAGUGCUUGGUAAAGUGAGUCCAGUUCAGCUGCUGGUUCUCACCCUGUUUGGCAUCACCUUGUUUGCUGUGGAGGAAUAUAUCAUCCUAAAUCUCAUUCAUGCCAGGGAUGCUGGCGGUUCUAUGGUUAUCCACAUGUUUGGAGCGUACUACGGUCUAGCUAUCUCGUGGAUGCUCUAUCGACCUAAUCUGGAUCAAAGCAGUCGUCUGCAGGGCUCUGUUUAUCACUCAGACGUCUUUGCCAUGAUUGGUACUCUCUUCCUGUGGAUGUUCUGGCCCAGUUUUAACUCUGCCAUUACAGACCACGGUGAUGGUCAGCACAGAGCAGCCAUCAACACUUAUCUGGCCUUGUCCUCGACGGUCCUUACUACUGUGGCAGUUUCCAGUCUCUUCCAGAAACAUGGGAAGCUGGACAUGGUCCACAUCCAGAACUCCACCCUUGCUGGUGGUGUCGCUGUGGGAACAGCGGCAGAAUUUAUGCUGAUGCCCUACGGAUCCCUGAUCGUAGGAUUCUGCUGUGGCAUCAUCUCCACUCUGGGAUACAUCUACCUGACGCCGUUCAUGGAGAAACACCUAAAGAUCCAGGACACAUGUGGCAUACAUAACCUCCAUGCCUUACCAGGAUUUAUAGGAGGAAUUGUGGGAGCCAUUACUGCUGCUGCAGCAUCAGAGUCAGUGUACGGUACUGAAGGGCUAGUAAACACCUUUGACUUUGAGGGUGAGUUCAAAGACAUGAAACCCACACGUCAGGGUGGUCACCAAGCUGCAGGCAUGUGUGUAGCUAUCUGCUUCGGCAUAGGUGGAGGCAUCCUUGUAGGCUGCAUUUUGAGACUACCCAUAUGGGGAGAUCCUGCAGAUGAUAACUGCUUUGACGAUGAAGCCUACUGGGAGGUUCCUGAAGACGAAGAAAGCAUCCCACCGAUCCUGCAGUACAACAACCACAUGAGAAACAAGGACGUAACGGAGUCAAAUUUCACUGUGGAGCAGAACUGAUGUUAAGCCUAGAUUUUUAAGGCUCUUGAUCAAACAAACAAACAAAAUAAAUGAAUGAAUCCAGCAAAUUUUGUAAUUUGAAAUAUUUACCUGUUGUUGAAUUUAAAAUAUUGUGAUCUUCUCAGUGUUUGUUUUUAACAUUUAUGUUUCUCUGAGCAAAGAAAAAAAAAGUUCAGCUUCAAGUUCAAAACUUCAAAAUCAAAUGAAUCAAAUCUAGAUCUAGUAAUCUUUACUUGUUGCAUCGAGGACUUUAUAGAUGUUUAUAUAUGUCUACUCACACCUUUCUAUGGUAAUCAAGGCUCCAUGCUGAAGGGACAAAAACGGAUAAUUGUAAAGAAAUGUCACAUGUGCAUACUCAGGAUUUGUGUCAGUCUUCGGUUUUCUGAUUGUUUGCAGUUUCUUCUUUUUAGAAUUAUUUAGAAACCCUGCACCUGUGUGUGUGUGUCUGUAAUUUAUAGGCACUAAAUAAUAAUAAUUCCCUUAUUAUUCCCCCAAUGGGCAAAUUUAUAGUGGGAAUCCUUGCAAUCGACACAGGCUGCAAUGGCUGUCUUGGUCAUAAUUGAAUUUGUUGUGUUUUUGGUUAUAUGAAUUAUAAAAUAUUCAGAUUUUAAAAUGAAUGUGUCAUUUUGCUCAUUGAAUAUUACACUGUCCUAAAACUUUGUCAAGUGCACUUUAAAUGUUGCAGACAGUGCAUUACAGGCUGUGAUGAUGGUUUUGUUUUAAGUUAAAUCAUUUUGAAUUUAAUCGAUUUAAAAAAAACUGUGCAGUGUGUUGGAUGGAUGGGAUCAGACUGCAGAUAAAGGUCAGGUGUUUAUAUUCUCCCAACCUACUCUACAUUACUGCAGUUAUCUUAAAUUAUCAUUGAUAUUUUUUGUGAAGCCUGUAAAUGUUUAUCAUACUGUUUGUAAAGUUGCUGUAGGACUUAAGAGGACUAUCGAUGUGGAAAAACAUUAAAACUUUUCAUUCGCUA